UCACACUUGUGUUUCUCUCUCCAAGUCUGUACCUCAACAUGGUCAUGAGCUGAAGGAACUCGUGGCAUGUCGUUGGAUGUGUGGAUGUGUGCGGGGCUGCCGGGUUAUGCGUGCCUAUAUUGGGACAGUCGAUACAGUAGGCAAAGCCGUGUCUAGUCGUCGGACAAACUCACACUAAGGAUACCAUGAAGUUGAUAAAGUAGUCGCAGAUAACAACCCCCGUGGCCUCCGUGGGGUUUAAAUGCAGGGACUGUGGGGUCCAGGCAGAGGGCGUGGCCGCGUGUGAUGACGUUCUGUGUUUAUGUCAAAGCGAGCAGCAAACAGUCAAUACAGUAACCUGUCAGACCUUCAAACCGUGGACCACAAACGGUACGUUGUCCCUUAAACCUGAUUUAUUUACCACCUUCGAUGCGAAAGACGUUUAAAACGUCUUCAGAAGUAUUUAAAAUAGCUGUCAUUUGAUUUUUUUUUGCUGUACAGUGUCGAUUGUUCCUCUCAUCUCUCGACGCUAACGUUAGCUUCUGAGCUAACUUGGUUGAGCUAGCUGCCGGUGAAAAUGUAACGAGGGUCUAUUUUCUCCCUCUAACCCAGCCUGUCAGUGUGUGGUUGAAUGCCAAGUGGCCGUGGUGGUCCGUAUAUUACCGCUUCGAUCCAUUUCUGAAGCUGUCAGUCAGUGUUAGGCCAUUUUCUAGCAAGUCAUUCAGCUUUCUUUGUUGUUCUUACGGAGCGAGCUAACGUUAGCAGUCAGUAUCAGUCAUCUGUUUCCUAAAUACAGAGUGAUAACACUGCUAUCAGUCAGCUACCAGACUUAUGCCAUAAACUGGCAUAUAGUGUAUUCAGCCUUUAUUCCUUUGAUUUCAGUGUGGUUGUGAUUAAGCUAGAGGAAUUACGCUGAUUUGAACUAGACGGUAUUAUAUUUGCUUGUCAGUAUUUAUGAUUUACUGUCAUUUUGAUCACAACAACAACAAUAACUAAUGUACAAUCUGUUGAUUUCAUUAUAUUAUCUGUAUUUAAAAAGGGCAGAUAGCAUAAUGUUAUUGUAAUUUGAAACCCCUUCGAGGAGUUUUUGACUUGUUGUGAAGUAGAUCUAUAUUUACAGAGAUGCCUGUUUAUAAACUACAAAAGCAGCAAAGAUGGCAGAUACAGUUUUAGCAUUGAAAUGGGUAAUGUCUGUAAUCUCUUUGAGGGGGAAGGUGACAGACCAGACAAGUGACAGCACAUUGAAGAAACAGACAUCCUUUACAUUUUCAGCUGCAAAGAUUUACAGUGGAUGGAAAAUUUAACUGUCUGAAAUAGUGGGAUGAGUAUUUUUGCUAGAAAUACAGUACUAGAUUAUCAUGUACAAGACAAUAUCUGCAAAGUGAUAAGAGAUACAGUACAGGCCAAAAGUUUAGACACACCCUCUCAUUCAAUGUCACUUCUUUAUUAUUUUUAUGACUAUUUACAUUGUAGAUUAUCACUGAAGGCAUCAAAACUAUGAAUAAACACAUGUGGAAUUUUGUUCUUUGUACUAAAAAAGUGUGAAAUAACUGAAAACAUGUUUUAUAUUCUAGUUUCUUUAAAAUAGCCACCCUUUGCUCUUGAUGACAGAAGUACUUAGUCACAAAGUAACCCUGAUAAGGAACACCUGUGAAGUACAAACCAUUUCAGGUGACUACCUCAUGAAGCUCAUUGAGAGAACAACAAAAGUUUGCAGCGCUAUCAAAAUAGCAAAGGGUGGCUACUUUGAGGAAUCUAAAAUAUAAAACAUGUUUUAAGUUAUUUAACACUUUUUUCUUAAGCACAUGAUUCCACAUGUGUCCAUUCAUAGUUUCGAUGCCUUCACUGAGAAUCUACAAUUUAAAUAGUAAUGAGAAUAAAGAAAAUGCAUCGAAUGAGGUGUGUCCAAACUUUUGGCCUAUACUGUUUAUAUAUUUAUUUGCCCACAGGAGUUUCUAAAAUUGUCCAAAACCAAAAGUUGAUUGUAGCACCUGUAAACCACAAUAAAAUAAAAUGUAUUUGUAUUUGAAUAGACUUGCCACGCUGCAAUUUACAGAUAUUUACCACCAUGAACAUAACUAAAUUUGAAUUUGAAUUUAUAAAAGGAUAGUCCCUUGAGGUGUAGCAUCUCAUUUUCAAGGGGGCCCCUAAACAAACAUACAUAGAACUCAGGACACAUUAUAAUGCAUUAACAUACAUAACAUAUUACAAAUGCAGACAUCUUGCUCAUCCUACUCCCACACACAACCCCAACCAACAUACACCUAACAUACAAAAUAGACAAAACUUUUUAACAAGGAUUAAUAAUGUGAACAUAAAUGAAAAAAAUUAAAGAAAAUAAAUUAGAAACAUGAGCAAUUUGUUUCGAGAUGGGAGUAUAGUGCCAUUCUAAAGUGAUAAAAAGAAUAGAAUAGUAAUAGAAUACAAAGAAAGAGGUAGGUCAUUCCAGUCUGAUGGGGCUUUAUACUGGAACACUCUUUUGCAAACUGUUUUAAAGAUUCUAGGAACAAAGAAAAAUGGGUAGUUCAUGUGUUCAUAUGUCUAAGAGAGUAUGGGGAGUUGUAUGGGAUCAAGAGUUCUUUUAAAUAUGAAGGGCAAUGGAGAUAAACACAUUUAAAAAGGAAAUGAAGCCAAUGAAAUUGCUGUCUUGAUUUGGGUUGUAACCAGUUCAGUGAGUCAAACAUAAAGCAGUGAUGUGUUCUAAAAGGACAUCUCAAAACAAAUAUUCAAAAGGAGUUAAAUAAUACAGUCAGAGGUUUGAGAUGAGAGUCAGAAGUAUUAUAGUAAACUAUAUCAGCAUAAUCAACAAGUGGGAAGAUUAGUUGUGAUAUUAGUCUUUUUCUGAUUUGCAACAUCACGUUAUCUAAACUGUCAUUUUGCUACACUGGGUUGGAAAAAGCACAUGUCCAAAGCAAUAUGCAACUUGUCUCAAAGUAUAAUUUCUUACAGUUGUUAACUAAACUUAUUGCAAAAUGUGUUUCAGUGUACCCUAGUGACACCCCUGCCUGGGUGCCAUGGUCCUCAGUUACACAUGAGCUCUACUAUGUGGUACAUCAUGCAAAGCAUUCAAAGUAAAUACUCCUUGUCUGAGCGGCUCAUCCGCACCAUCGCAGCCAUUCGCUCAUUCCCACACGACAAUGUGGAGGAUCUCAUUCGUAAGGUAGGCCUAUUUCUCUACCACUUUGAAUCAUGAUUAAUGACUUUUCUGUCCAUGUGAUCAGUUACACUGACAUAGUUUUUUCCCCUCAUGCUCAAGGGUGCUGAUGUGAACCGGAUGCAUGGCACACUGAAGCCCCUGCACUGUGCCUGUAUGGUUGCUGAUGCUGACUGUGUGGAGCUGUUGUUGGAGAAGGGGGCAGAGGUAUGUCAUGGAGGAAAACUCCUGCACAUUGACACCAAGGGAUUUGAAAUCAAUUUAUUACCUCAUGGACAGCUACCUCUUAAAUUGAAAUUCAGAGUUGUACUAUAGAUAUAAAAGGUAAUCCAGUAGGCAUUAUGGCGGGUUUUAUUUUUGAAUGUUAUAUUUUCUGAAAAGUUAUCUUUAUUGGGGAAUUUAUGAGUGAUAAAGUGAAGUUUUUCACAGCUCUUCACCUGAAAGAUGUUCACUUUUGACAUCUGGAAUAGAAAAAUUAGCUGCAGAAAACAUUAGGAGGAUAUUCUUUUGUUGAAGUGGGGUUGCGUGAGGUGCUUGCCAAAAGUAAGCUCAGCCUCUUAGUCGAGAAAGUAGCUGGGGAACCGAAUUGGAAGCUAGACUAUCAUCUGCUGCAGUUUGGGCCAGGUCUGACACAUAAUUUAGCUUUUUUAACAAAAUACAUUCUUGGUGCAAGUUUUUGCUGUAUUUGAAGUUUUUUAACAGCUUUACCUGUUUGAAAGUUUAUUUAUUUUGCACUAUGUGUGGACAUGACAUAUACAUGCUCCUAUAGAUCAUCUACUCAAGUCUAUGAUGUACGAGCCACUGAUGUAUUGUGAACAUUUGCAUCCCAAUUUGACAGACAUUCAAGUACCCAAAGCUUAAUAUUCAGUGGACACAGUAAUGACUGAAAGAUGUUGAACAAAAAAUGUUGAAAUUGAAGUUUGACAUUUUCUAUUCUCGGGUAUUUGGCAUAAAAAAAUCUUUGUUUUUUAUAUCACACUAUACUAACAUGAACUGGUAACGGAGACUUCCUGAAUUGUUGGAAACUUAAUGAUACAAUUAUAAUAUGCAAAAGACACUUGAUUGUCCGAGUAAAGCUGUAGUUUACAGAAAUUACAGUUGAAAAGGGUAAAAGCUUUUUCUCAUGUGAUGUGACCGCCUGGUAGUGUCUAGGCUGAAGAAUGGGAUAUCUCUGACUUAAACCUGGACCAGGACACCAGUAGUUAGUGUCAUAUGCCUCUCUGGAAACUUUUCCUGUUCCAUUUCUUGGGGUAAUUAGUUUUGGUUCACCAAGCUUGUAAGUGCAAUGCUCUGUUUCUAUACCAACACAAGUUGUGCUGUAACAGUGCAGACUUUCCCCUAACCUCUAAAUAUGCUCUGUGUUAUUUCUGUUGACCUUACGGCACCCACCGAUCUAUAUUUUACCCUAGCCAGCCCCUCUGCACUCAGUACUGCUGCAUACACAUUACACAUGAACCAGCAAAGCAGGUGCACAUUUGAAGUUCCUAACAGUUUCUUCUUUCUGCAGGUUGUUGAUCAACCUUCAGAGUUGUUGAUUAGUAUUAAUUUGUUCAUAACAUUACAUUUCCUCAUUAGGUGAAUGCUUUGGAUGGAUACAAUCGCACAGCACUACACUAUGCAGCAGAGAAGGAUGAGAGCUGCGUGGAGCUGCUGUUGGAGUAUGGGGCCCAACCAAACGCUCUGGAUGGCAACAAGGACACCCCACUGCACUGGGCAGCUUUUAAGGACAACCCAGAGUGUGUGAGGGCUCUGCUAGAAAGUGGGGCCUGUCCCAAUGCCCGGGACUACAACAAUGACACGCCUUUGAGCUGGGCAGCAAUGAAAGGCAACCUGGAGAGUGUCAAAGUACUUCUAGACUAUGGAGCCCAGGUCCAUGUAACCAACAUGAAGGGCCAAACCCCCAUCUCUCGACUGGUGGCCCUGUUGGCCCGGGGCCUGGGCACCGACCAGGAGGAGGAGUGCCUAGAGCUGUUGUGCCGGGCGGCAGGGCGGUUUGAGAUCAGACGGGCUGAUGGCACACUUCCUAGGGAGCUAAGUAAGGAUCCCCAGCUGCUAGCGAGGCUUACAAACAUGGUGGCUCAGGCUCCAACACUUCGCUCACUGGCUCGCUGUGCCGUCCGACAGAGUCUUGGAGUCCAGUACCUCCCCACUGCUGUUAAAGAGCUCCCUCUACCAGAGACUAUAAAAGAUUAUCUACUCCUGAGAGACUGAGUUAAUGUUACCACUGGCUGAUUAAUAAACAGAUCGCCACACAGCUUUUUUGGCACGGAAGUGUCUGCAUUGAGUUCUUGGUGAUGUUCUGGUGGUGGCCCCUUUUAAUUUGAUCUUCCUCCAAGAUAAAUGAAGACUUGUGCUCUGGGUGAGACAUUCAGACCUCUCCAGGCCUUUCUUUUUUAUUGAAUAGCUGUUGCACAAUUGAGUGUAGCAGAUUAAUAAGUUUUGAUUGGUUUCAGUUGUCUGAAACGAACUGCACCAGUUCAUGUUUGAAAUGUCUCACAAAAGAUUAAAAAGUUAUGCAAUCUCUGGGAAAACAGUUCAAGCCUUUGAAAAAGGUAGUCCUGGACUGGUGCAGCUAAACUUUUGUAGCCCACCCUGCAAGAAGUACAGAAAGAAACUAUAUCGGCAUUGUUGAGCCUCAUCGAGAGGAUUAAUUUUUUCUUUAUUUCUUGAAGCAGGGAGUUCCCAGCUGUUCGCAAAGAGCCUGUGCAUCUUUGUCAGUUUAUUUUGGCUUGUUACCAUUUUUUUGGUCUAAUAAAUUUACAAAAUAUUAAAAACUUGUACAAAAUCUAAAAAAAAUAAAGUUUUAAAAAAUCUCUUAAUUGUUUGUCACAGAGCAUUAGGGAAAUGUUGAAUCAUAAGUUUGUUGUCUGAACUAGCUUGUGGCCAUUGCAAGAUUAGACUUAGUGUUGGAUAGGUUUAAAAUGAGGUGUAGUUAUUUAAUGAUGUAGACUCUUCAUAGAUUGUGCAAGAGGACACCGUUCCUAAUAAGAGGUGCUCGAUAACAUAUGUUAUCCAGAUUAUAUGAUGCAGGGGGGUGGCCGUCUCUCUUUUGAUAAUAUCCCAUGUAAACCUCUGAUGAUAUAUAAGUGUUGAUGUGUGGGGGGGUAAAAUAAAAAAUAAAAAAUCAUAUAAAGCUUGCAGAAAAUCAGAAAGAUUUAAUUGGUUUCAGGCAUAGAAGAGUAAAGAUGUGACAGGCACAUCCUCUGUCCAGUCCUCUACAAAUGUCUACUGCCUAUUAAGGAAAAUAAUGCAGUCUACAUGUCUGCUGUCAAAUUGAUUUACUUUUUAUUUUGGCUGUGAGGAAUGCAGUUGCUAAGCAGGAAUACAAUUUUAUUUCAUUUUUUUACUUGGGAUGCUAUCAGUCUUGAAAGUUUUCAAGGUUGGUCCAAAAUUUUGCAGCAAAUGAUUAAAGUGUUUUUAUGUUAUAUAUUACAUGUUAGACUGUUAGAACUGAGAAUGGCAUGAUGACUAUGUUUUUGUCCUUAUGGAGUCACUGAAAAAGCUUGCAAAAUGUACUUUUUUUUUUUUUUAAUGGGAUCUGUCUAAAAUCUGUUCCUGUGCUUGAAUUUGUUUGCUUGCUCUGCUACUGUAUUUAAAAUCUAACUCUUAGAUCAUGUCUUGUGUACACCUGCAAAAGUGCUUAUUUCUCUUUGUCAACGUAAUGAAAGUAAAUGCCUUUAUAUUGAAUUUUUAUUUCUUCUCCUUUUUUUCAUCAAAGUUUAAACUUCAGUGUAAGUUGGCACCAUUAUUUUAUAGUGAAGCACCAUUAAUUUAACAGCACAGCUCAGCUAAAGUAGUGAAUGAAACCCUACUAAGGCACAAUCACUAUGUCCAAAUUAUCCGCCUGCUUCAGGUUGGGGUGUGAUUUGCACUGGCCUUUUGUCUCAGCAGAGAUUUUCACUUGUCAUAGAAGCUAAAGCCGAGGUGUUACUAAGAAGAUUAGUCCCGGGGCUGUUCUAUUCAAGUGU